UAAAUGUCAAGUGACGGAAUGUUGGGAAAGUGUCAAGUGAGAAUAAUUAGUGUAAAUUCAGAAAUUCAUGCUUUAAUUUAUUCAAGCAAAUAAUAUUGUGUACUAACUAGUUCUUAAAGACAUUUAGGACUGACGUUCGAUUUAGUUGCGACAUCGUCAAACAAGUGUAACUUUCGCUUUACCAUUUCUCAAUUUGCAUUGAAUAUCUUAACAGAUUUGAUCAAAAAUGCCUAAAGUGGUAUCCAGGAGUAUCGUUUGCUCCGAUACAAAAGAUCAAGAGGAAUAUAAUGAUACCAAACCACUUCACAUCUACUACUGCCUUUGUGGUCAAAUGUCUCUAAUCUUGGAUUGUACUAUAGAUCGCCUUCCACUGCGACCUACAGACGGUGCCAGAGUGAUUGAUGGCUCUAAGCACGCUCACAAGAUAACUUCAGAUCCUGAUGAAACAGUUUAUUUGAAACGAGAGAAGGGCAUUGAGAGACAAUAUAGAAUGAAGUGCAAGAAAUGUGCAAUUCCAAUUUAUUACAAACAUGAACAGGACACUAAUGUCAUAUUUAUAAUGCGUGGAGCUCUAGUACAGUCUGCUGGAGACGGAGCAGUCACAGAUAUUUAUAAGCAAGUUGCAUUGACACAGCCCAAGAAAAUUAUGGUCACUAAACAUACAAAGAACAUGGGAAAGUUCAGUUCAGUAACAGUUUCAACUAUAGAUGAGGAAGAAGACGAAAUUGAAGCUCGGGAGGUGGCAGACAGUUAUGCUAACAAUGCUAGAAUUAUAGAGAAACAAUUGGAAAGAAAAGGCAUGAACAAGAGACAAGCUGAGACUCCAGCACAGAACACAGAAAAGAGAGUCCGGGGAACUUUGAUUGAUAAAUAGAACUAUAUCUGUCAAUAAAUGAUGAUGUGUCUUUAUUAUGGAUUAAAUUAAUAAAAAUCUUCACAGCA